UUGCUUCCCUCCGUCCAAUUGGAGCAAACAGCUGGGAGGGACUGUUGCUCAAUGACACCCUUUAAAAGCUCUCUUCUCUCCACCCUGCGGAAGAAUUUCAGAGUGGAAGACGUGGACUAGGCAGCACGGUGAACCCUUGGGCUAUUGCUUCAUCACAUCUCCAGUCUUCACAGGGGGAUUUUGUGGCUUCCUGGUGCAGAAAUUGUUGCUGGUUUGCACUAGAAGAGAAAUAAGCCUAGCCCUCACAUUUCUGAAAUUGCGAAACCGGCCAUGGCAAAGAAGAGAGUUGCAAUUAUAGGAGGUGGCUCCAGUGGACUUUGUAGCAUCAAAUGCUGUUUAGAUGAGGGCCUAGAUCCUAUAUGCUUUGAGAGCAGUGAAGACAUUGGGGGGCUCUGGAGGUUCAAGGAGAAUCCUGAGGACGGACGAGCCAGCAUCUAUAGAUCUGUCAUCAUCAACACCUCCAAGGAGAUGAUGUGUUUCAGCGACUUCCCCAUCCCAGACGACUUCCCCAACUACAUGCACAACUCCAAGAUUAUGGAUUAUUUCCGGAUGUACGCCAAGCACUUUGAUCUUCUGAAGUAUAUCCGUUUCAGGACUAAGGUGUGCAGUGUAAAAAGGCGCCCAGACUUCUCUAGCACUGGCCAGUGGGAUGUUGUCACGGAGACGGGUGGAAAAGAAGAAUCAUCCGUCUUUGAUGCAAUCCUGGUUUGCACUGGGCAUCACACAAACACACAUCUGCCACUGAACUCCUUCCCAGGCAUUGAAAAGUUCAAAGGUCGCUACUUUCACAGUCGUGAUUACAAGAGCCCAGAUGAGUUUGCCGGGAAAAGAGUAAUUGUGGUUGGCAUUGGGAACUCAGGCGGGGACCUUGCUGUGGAGAUAAGUCGUGCGGCACAACAGGUCUUUCUCAGCACUCGCCGAGGGGCAUGGAUACUGAAUCGUGUUGGGGAAGGAGGCUAUCCAGCAGAUGUGGUACUUUCUACUCGGUUUAACACGUUACUGAAGAAGUGCUCAACCAUGUCCAUGAUAAAUCACUGGUUUGAGAGUCAUUUAAAUGCAAGGUUCAACCAUUCUCAUUAUGGCCUGAAACCUAAACACAGGGUUUUCAACCAACAUCCAACCAUCAACGAUGAGCUUCCAAACUGCAUCAUUUCAGGGAAAGUGCUGGUGAAACCAAACAUCUGUGAAUUUACUGAAACUGCUGCUGUCUUUGAAGAUGGCUCUAAGGAAGACAAUAUCGAUUUUGUUGUCUUUGCCACAGGAUACAGUUUCUCUUUUCCCUUCCUUGGAAACACUGUGAGAGUCAUUGAGAACCAGACAGCCCUGUAUAAAUUUGUCUUCCCCCCUCACUUGGAGCAGCCCACUCUGGCAAUCAUUGGCCUCGUGCAACCCCUGGGUGCCAUCAUGCCCAUUUCAGAGCUGCAGGCUCGCUGGGCAGCCCGCGUCUUUAAGGGACUUGCUAAGAUACCAUCAACAAGUGGGAUGAUGUCGGAUAUCACCAGGACAUCAGCAGCAAUGGCUAAACGGUAUGUGAAAAGCCAACGCCACACCAUCCAAGUGGACUAUAUUGAGUACAUGGAUGAAUUAGCUUGUCUGGUGGGGGUCAAGCCCAGUGUAUGGCCUGUGUUUCUUUCUGACCCCAAACUGGCCUGGGAGCUUUUGUUUGGACCAUGCACACCCUAUCAGUACCGCCUCGAAGGACCAGGGAAAUGGGAUGGAGCCAGGAAAGCCAUCUUGACGCAACACGACCGGAUCCUGAAACCCUUGAGAACAAGGCCUGUGAACGAUUCAAGCAGCAACACCUUCGCGCCUCUGUGGAUCAAGCUGCUUGGCCUUGUGGCUCUCUUUGCUGCAAUUUUUGCUUAUUUUUAAAUGCUGAAGAACAACAUUGUUUAAUACAAAGAGGAAUCCCUCAAAACAAAUACCGG